AUGCAGAUUUUUGUGAAGACCCUCACGGGCAAGACCAUCACUCUUGAGGUUGAACCCAGUGAUACCAUUGAAAAUGUUAAAGCUAAAAUCCAAGACAAAGAAGGUAUUCCUCCUGAUCAACAGAGAUUGAUCUUUGCUGGAAAACAGCUUGAAGAUGGACGUACAUUGUCUGAUUACAAUAUUCAAAAGGAAUCUACUCUCCAUUUGGUCCUUCGUCUGCGUGGUGGUGCCAAAAAACGAAAGAAGAAGAAUUACACAACUCCAAAAAAGAACAAGCAUAAGAAGAAGAAGGUUAAAUUGGCUGUGUUGAAAUAUUACAAGGUUGAUGAAAAUGGUAAAAUCACUCGCUUGCGUCGUGAGUGCCCAAAUGAAGAAUGUGGUGGCGGUGUUUUCAUGGCUUCCCACUUUGACAGACACUAUUGUGGCAAAUGUUAUUUGACAUACGUCUUUAACAAACCAGAAGAAAGAGUGUAA